UGCGCUCACCUCCUUUCCGCUUCCGGUGUCCCCUACAGUCAUGGCUGCCGCCGUCGCUGCUGCCGGUGCAGGGGAACCCCAGUCCCCGGACGAAUUGCUCCCGAAAGGCGACGCGGAGAAGCCUGAGGAGGAGCUGGAGGAGGACGACGAUGAGGAGCUAGAUGAGACCCUGUCGGAGAGACUAUGGGGCCUGACGGAGAUGUUUCCGGAGAGGGUCCGGUCCGCGGCCGGAGCCACUUUUGAUCUUUCCCUCUUUGUGGCUCAGAAAAUGUACAGGUUUUCCAGGGCAGCCUUGUGGAUUGGGACCACUUCCUUUAUGAUCCUGGUUCUUCCCGUUGUCUUUGAGACGGAGAAGUUGCAAAUGGAGCAACAGCAGCAACUGCAGCAGCGGCAGAUACUUCUAGGACCUAACACAGGGCUCUCAGGAGGAAUGCCAGGGGCUCUACCCUCACUUCCUGGAAAGAUCUAGAUUGUUAUUGCUGUUUGAGCUGUCUCAGUGGGAUAAGUUUGAAAUUCAAGUGGUUGAACUGCUGAUAAUUUGGAUUUUUUUUUUUUUUUUUAACUUUGGCACAUUGAUCUAUCUAAACCUGGUGGGGAGAAUUAUCCCCACAUUGUCUCAUGGAAAGACUCAACUUGCAACUGUGCCCUCCACACUAUCCUUACUUCUGUCUCCACUCUGAUACCAGAGUGCGGCCAUGCAGACGGUUAUUCCAGCUCUGGUCACCCGACUCCUUUCACCAAAUUGCUCCUAACUGGAAGAUCUCACUUUCCCCUUGUGGGGUAGGAACCGAUGCCAGUGGGAGGGAUGUGCCCCUGACCAUUAACGACUGUUUUUUUUUUUUUUUUUUUUUUUUUUUUAAAAGAAUGGAGUUGUUGGGGAGGGACAUGCACACAAUGUGAAACAGACAAAAUGCAUUACACCUGUAGUGUAAAGUGGCCACUAUGAAUCCCUAUGUAUGAGAGGAGGGAGGCAGGCUGCAGCUUCAGCCACAGAAUGGGGACUAUGGAAGACAGCAGGAGCUCAUUUCCUCUGCACAUUUUGGCUGUUAGACCUGUGUGUGUGUUUAAAAAAACAGAAGUCAGUGCUCACUUUUUGUAUUUAAAUAUUAAAAAUGAUUCCAACUGAAA